CAAAGCACUAGCUAUAUUACUCUAGCACGCCACACAAUCAUAAUGGCAUCCAACACUGCCCUCUUCGUCGCCCUGAGCCUUCUCCUCUCUGCCGUCGCCGCCCACGGCUGCGGAAGCACCUAUUGCCAACCGCCGACCGUUGUGCCGACACCAACCAUCGUCGUUCCGCCGCCAUACCAUGGAGGAGGAGGGCACGGCCACGGCGCCGGGCAGUGCUCCAUCAACGUGCUCAACCUGAGGGUGUGCGCCAACGUUCUCGGCGGGCUGCUCGGCCUCAAGGUUGGCGUUCCGGCGCACGACCAGUGCUGCCCGCUGCUCCAGGGGUUGGCCGACCUCGACGCCGCCGUCUGCCUCUGCACCGCCGUCAGGGCCAACAUCCUCGGCCUCCACCUCAACGUGCCUGUGGACAUCAGACUCCUCCUCAACCACUGCGGCAAGAAGUGCCCGUCUGGUUUCACUUGCCCAGCCCAUUAACGGGCGUACUGUUGCAUGGGCGUCGAAUAAGAUUUGCUUUCCGUACUUUGUCUUUUAUUUCAUCAAAUGUGGAUCUAAUCCACUCCCACAUUUCAAUUGUGUAACCAGUCCUGCUUAUUUGGCAAACAAGUAUGUACUCUUCGUAUUGAUAAAUAUCAUCAGUGAGCAAUAAUUAUUACUCUA